AUAAUUUCCUGUCUGUACCCGGCGCGCUGUCUCUCACAUACACAGUCCACAGAGUCAAACAAAAAAGCAAGUGUACUGCUGCACUUUACAUUAACUUCCUGCCGGAGACCAACUUGAACGGCCACUUUUUCCGGUUUCAGGCGAAAGUAUCGAUAUUGUGGGGAUUAAUGGCCUUAUUCUCCGAGGGAGAUCGAAAGAGUUAGUGUUUGAGUCUAGGCUGUAGACUGAAGAUGAGAAAGUGGUUUGUUUGUGUAGUGAUUUUGCUGUUAGUUUUGGGGAAAACAGUAUCUCUGAACCCCUCGCUGAAUGAUGAUCUUUUAGGGUUGAUUGUAUUUAAGGCUGACAUUCAAGAUCCAGAUGGUACUUUGACAUCCUGGAAUGAAGAUGAUUAUAGUCCUUGUAACUGGAAGGGGGUCAGAUGUGACCCUAGAUCUAAUAGAGUUUCAGACUUGACUCUUGAUGGUUUCGGUCUUUCUGGAAGGAUAGGCCGGGGUAUUCUUCAGCUUCAGUUUCUACGAAAGUUAUCACUUGCUAAAAAUAAUCUAACUGGGGGCCUAUCCUUUAGUCUUGCACAGUUGGAAAACCUGAGGGUUAUUGACUUGAGCGAGAACAGUCUCAUGGGACCAGUUCCUAGCAAUUUCUUUGGCCAAUGUGGAUCCUUGAUAUCGAUUUCAUUGGCUAAUAACAAGUUCACAGGCCCAGUUCCGGAUAGUUUAAGCUCGUGUUCAGUACUCGGGACAGUGAACUUUUCCAGGAAUCAAUUUUCAGGUCUGUUGCCUUCUGGAAUCUGGUCUUUGCAGGGACUUAGGUCACUUGACUUGUCUAGGAAUCUGAUUGAGGGUGAGAUACCAAAGGGCUUUGAAGGGGUGAACAACUUGAGAGAAAUACGAUUGGCAAAGAAUCAGUUAACAGGUGAGAUUCCAGAUGGAAUUGGGAACUGUCUGCUGCUAAGAUCAAUAGAUCUUAGUGAGAAUUCUUUUUCAGGAAGUCUUCCAAGCUCAUUACAGAUGCUUUCUUUAUGCAAAAAUUUGAAUUUACACAAAAACUCUUUUACUGGUGAGGUACCUGAAUGGAUUGGAGAAAUGAGCAACCUAGAGACUCUAGAUCUUUCUGAUAAUAGCUUCUCUGGCCCACUGCCAACUUCAGUAGGGAAGUUUCGGUCUAUAAAAUUAUUGAAUCUAUCCAUGAAUUCCUUUUCCGGGAGUUUGCCAGAGUCGAUUAUCUAUUGUGUAAACCUUGUUGUGGUAGAUGUCAGUCGGAAUUCGUUGACUGGCAAUCUUCCUACUUGGUUAUUUAAAUUGGGUUUACAAAAUGUUAAUUUCUCAGAGAAUAAAUUAACUGGAGACAUUGGUGCUUCUCUGAAAUCCUUGACGGACAAUUGUAGGCAAAACCUCGCAGUGUUGGAUAUGUCAAAAAAUUCUUUGACUGGCGCAAUUCCUCUGGCUCUUGGGGAUAUUAACAAGUUGCAAUACUUGAAUUUGUCUAAGAAUUCACUAGUAGGUGGCAUUCCGGAUAGCAUUGAAGAGUUAAAGGCUUUAGAUAUUCUUGACAUGAGCCAGAACCAGUUAAAUGGAAGCAUUCCCACGAAGAUUGGAGAAGCAGUAUCUUUGAGGGAUCUGCGACUAGAAAAUAACUUCUUGUCCGGAAAAAUACCUACUUCCAUAGAAAAGUGUACUUCACUGACAUCAUUAGUUCUUUCGCGUAACAGCCUAACCGGAUCAAUACCUGCUGCCUUUGCUAAGCUAAUUAACCUUCAAACUAUUGAUUUGUCAUUUAACCAACUCACCGGAACCCUGCCAAGGCAAAUGGCUAAUCUUGACCACCUACUUUCCUUCAAUAUAUCACACAACCAGGUCCAAGGUGAAUUGCCUGGUGGUGCAUUUUUUAACACUAUCCCCCCGUCCUCUCUAUAUGGCAAUCCAUCUCUUUGUGGUGCUGCACUUAAAAAUAGUUGCCCUAAUGUCCUUCCCAAGCCACUUGUCCUUGAUCCUAAUUCUUCUGACUCUACUCCAGACUCAAUCCCUGCAAAUCCCAGCCACAGAAAAAAAUUACUUAGCAUUUCUGCGCUUAUUGCUAUUGGUGCAGCUGCCACUAUUAUCAUUGGGGUGAUAGCCAUCACCGUUCUAAAUCUCCGUGUCCACUCUGCUACACCUCAUUCUGCAUCAGCUUUUACACUAGCCGGAGGUGAUGGCUUCAGCAGUUCCCCCACCACAGAUGCCAACUCUGGCAAGUUAGUCAUGUUUUCUGGCGACCCUGACUUCAGCACUGAAGCUCAUGCACUACUCAAUAAAGAUUGUGAGCUUGGGCGUGGUGGCUUUGGAGCCGUCUAUCGAACUGUUCUUAAAGAUGGGAGGUCAGUUGCCAUAAAAAAACUCACUGUUUCCAGUCUUGUGAAGUCCCAAGAAGAGUUUGAAAGGGAGGUUAAGAAAUUAGGGAAGAUUCAUCACCGUAAUCUUGUGGCUAUUGAAGGCUAUUACUGGACUCCAUCACUACAGCUCCUUAUUUACGAGUUUGUUUCUGGUGGAAAUUUGUACAAGCAUCUCCAUGAGGGAUCAGGUGGAAACUUCCUCUCAUGGAAUGCGAGAUUUACCAUUAUUCUUGGAAUAGCUAAAAGUUUGGCUCAUUUGCACCAGAUGAACAUCAUUCACUACAAUCUGAAAUCAAGCAAUAUAUUAAUUGACAGUUUAGGGGAACCAAAGGUUGCAGAUUCUGGUCUAGCUAGGCUUUUACCUAUGAUAGACCGUUACGUUUUAAGUAGUAAGAUUCAGAGUGCACUUGGCUACAUGGCACCUGAAUUUGGAUGUAAAACAGUAAAAAUUACAGAAAAAUGUGAUGUCUAUGGGUUUGGGAUAUUGGCAUUGGAGGUGGUUACUGGAAGGAGACCAGUUGAGUACAAGGAAGAUGACGUGGUAGUACUCUGUGACAUGGUUAGAGGAGCACUGGAAGAGGGUAGGGUGGAGGAAUGUGUUGAUGAAAGGCUAAAGGACAAGUUUCCCCCCGACGAGGCAAUCCCAGUAAUGAAGUUAGGCUUGAUUUGUACAUCACACGUGCCUUCAAAUAGGCCAGACAUGGCAGAGGUGAUUAACAUAUUGGAGUUGAUCAGAUGCCCUUCAGGAGGCCGGGAUGAGUUGGUAUAACUACUAACCGAACUUGAUAUCUCAAAUGUAAUAGCUUCUUCGGCGAAGAAGAAUCCGAUUCUUUUGUUCAAGUAAAAUUCAUGCUUCAAUCUACCCCAUAGGUUGCCCUAUAUUGUGGCUGCGCCAUCAUUGAAGUAUGUUCUAGCUUAUGUUUGUUGUUCAUUGUCUAGUGUUAAGUUUGUAAUCGGAUUCCUCUUCACCGGGUCGGGUACGUUUAGUCUCGGAUAUUUUGCUCAGUUUGUUAAACCUAUCAAUAUCUUGGUCCUUUUAACUCUUUCUUGGAUAUUUUGCUCAAUUUGCUACUCCUAUAUAAUAUCUUGGUCCUUUAA